AUGAUAACUGAUUGGCGUACGUUAAUUGGCCCACAGUUUUCUUUGUUAUCGGAUCUUUGUCAACUGGCUAAUAAUACGAUACAAGAUGCUGUCGAUCGGUUUCUUCUACAAUCAUUUGUCGCUUCAACUGUACUAACUGAAGACAAUUUAAAUACACAGUUAAAUGCAACUCUCAAUCAACUUUCUCAAUCGACAGUUGUUAAUUUUGGAUUUCUUGUCGAUAUAGUACAACUUCUUAUGCAAGUUGAUCAACCUUUUAUGGGAUCAGUACAAAGUUCUGGUAGUCAAUUCGAUUCACGUUUAAGUGCAAAUAUAACGGGAAAAGGAGACCUAAUUUACUUGCCAAUGCAGAUAACAUUUCUUUUGACCGGACCUGCUGAUGUCAAUACCACCAAAACCAACUGUAUUUGCGCCACAAAUUCUUCAUGUGAAGAUCCAGUCACUAUCUACUUUAAUGAUUAUUAUAAACCUCAGUAUUUCUAUCCUGAGGUCGAUUAUGUAGUUCCAGGAUCGGCAGCUGGUUGCUCUCCUAUUGGUUCUCUUCAACUUUCGACGCUUCAAUGUUUUUAUUCUGAUUCGGAUUGUUUUCCAGUUGUAAUGAAUUACAUACAACAAACGUAUAUUAACGCUGUUGUAGAUCCACAUUGGUUUGAUCCACGUCCACUCAUUUAUGAUCCAACAUCGAGUCGUUUUCCUCCAAAUACCUCAAUUAAAAUGAUAAUUAAAGACAUUAUGAUCGAACAAUGGAAUCCAUCUACGUCAUAUAAACGUUUUUAUGAAUUAUGUGCACCACAUUACUGUACUUAUUCUCAAAUAGGUCAAAGGAAAACCAUUCUUGAAGUAGCAGUAACAUUGGUGUCGUUAGUUGGUGGUCUUAUAGUCUCCUUACGUGUCAUUACACCUCAACUCGUAAAGUUUUUAAUUGGCUUGUUGGGAAUUAUAAACAAAAGACACCGACAACAAGAACAACAACCAGGUAGUUGUUGA